AUAUAUCUCAUCGGGUUCGUUAUUCCUUCGAGUAGAAAUGAAAGUAGAUCAGUGCUCGAGUUUUUCUCUCUUUUUUUCCUAGUGUGUGUUUAAUCAUUAAAGAAAAGAACUGAUGGGUAUUGCUUUAAAUAUUGUUACAACAUUAACCCCAUUGGUGGUGGUAUUUGGGCUUGGAUGGUAUUUUGGAACAAGAAAAAAAGGUUCAAAGACCUCAAGGACUGGAGAUAAACAACAAAGAAAAUUAGUCACAGGGAACACAUUAAACGCUCAAGAACCAGAACCAAAUUUCAACGCCUCUUCACUGUCUCAGUUACAUCCAAUUAAUUCUGAAAAUCAUAACACAGGUAAAUGUAGUGCACCUAAGAACAAUCAGAAUCUCCACACAAGUGUAGCAGUGAAGGAGCUUCAAGACACAGCUGUAAAAAAUAUGAGGUCCCUGGAUAGUCAGAAUGCAAGUCAGAACAAUGGACUGGAAGAUUUAGAGAUAGAUGCACCUUUCAGUAGAUCCAUGGAUGAGGGCCUAAGCAUUGAUGCUGCUCCAGUUCCACCAGCUCCUGUAACUGGGGAUCCUAAUAGGGACAUGAAUUCAGUUAUUGGACGUCAAAUGGUUGAUGUUGAAAAACAUGAUGCCUUGAUUCUGUAUGCUGAUGAAGAUGCACCUUUGGCUCGACAGCUACAAAAAGAUCUGGUCACUAAUGUAAUGGUUCCAGAUCUUAACGUCAUCCUUUACGAAGAAUUUGCUCCAGAUGUACAAUCCCAUUUCAGAACAAUGGCAAUCAUGUUUAAAAGGUGCAGAUACUUACUUGUACUUGUGACAAACAAUUUCACAGAGGCCAGUUUUAGUCGAUACCAGAAUGAGAUAGCAUUAAAAGAUUCCAUUGAGAAUCCCUCAAGAAAUGAAAGAGUAGUUCCUGUGUGGGGUGCCAGUGGAGCUCAAAACAUUGUGCAUGAACUUUCUAUCCUCAAAGGCAUUGAGUAUACAAGAGAGGUAUUGGAGGCUGAUCGUGCAAGUGUCUAUGGCGUAUUUAAGAAAUUGUUUUUGCAUGGUAGGAGAGCGAUUGACAUGUCAUAAAUUAGUACAGGUAGUAAAAUCUGAGUAUGCUCUCUGUUUUAUUGGUUGUUUGCAAUAAAACACUCUUAAAACUGAAAAGAGUAACUUAUUACAUCUUUAUCAAAAUAUUAGACCUCACCUUGGUUGUAUGAAUGCCUUAAUGAAUUUUUGAUAUAACUACAUGUACGUUUUCAUAUAUUCAUGUACAUGUACUUGUGGAUUCAUGACUAUACAGUCAUCAUGUACAAGGGUAUUUAAUACAAUCACAUUAUGCAUGUUUCAUUGUUGAAAAAUCAUGUAUGAUUGAUGCAGGAAAUUAUAUGAAUGUUUGGAGUAUAUUGUACAUAUAUACUAAUUAAUGUAAGAACAAACUGAUAGUUUGGUGUCUAUGUUUGUCUUUCUGUGUUUGGAGAUGGUGCAUAGCAUACAAUUACAAGGAUAAAUAUCUAAGCUGUUUAAAUCCUCAUUAAAUGUGUUCCAUAAGGAAAUCUUGCUUCCUUUAUGUUUGAACACAUUCUGUUGAAUAACAGAAAACAAAUGACUUACUAUGAUUAUAUAUAUAGUAUAGGAAUGUUGUUCACGGGUAGUAAAUAAUGGCGAUGAUAGCCUUUUUGUGCUGAUCUUAUCUUCAAAUACAAAGUAAAUGAAAGUAUGGCUAUGAGCCAGAUUUGACAAUAAUCUUCAUUAUGCAGGGGUGGAUACAGGAAUUGCAGUUAGUUGUGCAACUUUAUGAGGUUGGGGGCCACCUUGAGGCCCCCGGUGGGUCCAGGGCAAAGCCCUGGUAGGGACUGAAGGGGCAAAGCCCCUGGAAGCUCCUGGAUUUUACAGAUUUUAUGGGGCUUGAAAUAUGUCUCAUAUGUAGUCAUUUUUACUAUUUUCUGUUAUUUUAAUAAGGUGAAAUUAAUAAAAUGACACAAAUUUUUAAAGGGUUUUAGGACAAAAUGUUUUUCCAAUAAAAGUAAUUCAAUAAAUCAAAA